UAAUCAAACGCUAGCAUGUUUACCGAAGGUCAAAUCAGAAGUUCAAGUCAUGGUACUUACGCAACAAGUUUGAAAUCUUUCCGUAACCCACCUACGCAAUUCCCGUUGGUAUAUGAUUUAUAUACGGAUGGACUUAACUUGUGCUAUUCGGCCAGCCGAAAUUAUUCAUCUACUAUAGUAACAGCACUUAUCAAGAACGUUUCGAAGUACUUCGACAGACAAUUGAAGUCAAAGCUGAAACUGUGCGCCAUGGAAAUUCACGCAUAUCUCUUAGUGCUCUCAUGCUUUCUUGCGUCCUGUUAUUCCGGCCUCAUUCCAAAGCGUCCGUCAUUACAUCCUCAGCAGGAUUUUUGUAAAGCAGACUUUGUUAUACGUGCUGAUGUUGUGUCUGGACCUGAAACAGAAGGCUACUAUAAAGUUUUCAAGAUUAACAUCACGGAAGUCUUCAGAGGAGUAUCAGGCCUACAUGCCCUAGACGCUAACCUUACGACGAAACUUUACACCCCCGGCGAAAUGUCGUCAGAGGGAGUGACUGGUCCGUAUGGCAUCAAAGCAGGCGUUGAGUACCUUUUGCAUGGCGAAAUUUUGAAAGGUGUAGGGAUGUAUACGAGAUUCACCUCAGUGCGGAAGGACUGGGACGAUGUGGCCCCACAAGAUAGAGAAAAACUUCAGUAUUAUGAAACCGGAUGUGAGGAGAGAAAUCGCUUUACAGGCGUCAAGGCAUGAUAUAUCAGCAGAUGGAGGAUAGGCUUGUUUCUUCAUAUGGGACUUAAGAAUUUUUAAAGGCUGAUAGUUUCUAAAGAAACUGUUUGGGGCUGCAUCGGUGGGGGUAACGAAAUAAUUAAGAAAUAAUUGAUUAAGAAUUUUUAAACAAAUUUACGCAAUUAUUUAGUACUUCGUUCAAAUUGCCAGUUCAAUGCAAACUUAGUUAUAUGUUGUAUAGGAAUGAUGUUAAGUUGUACCAAAUCUAUAUUUGUGAUAGCUGUAGCCAUCAAUGUAAAUUAGUUGAAGCUUGUAAGUCGAAGAGUAUGUUUCUCAAACUUCUUGUUACGGUAUUGGAAUUGUGUAAAGACUUGAGAAAAGCAACCAGAGCAACUCAUAGCGCCCCAUUCGGUGAUAUCCCGAAUUCAUAGAAAUACACCCGUAAUGAAAGCA